CGUAGGCGGAACCGGAAGUUGUAGGGAAGGCGCCGGUCCCCAGUAUGGCGGCCGCCUGUCCCUGCAGGCCGAUUGCUCCCGAGACUGCUGCCGCCCGGCUCAUGGGUGUCCUGUGGUUCGUAUCAGUCACCACGGGACCUUGGGGAGCUGCCGCCGGGGGUGCCGAAGAAACACUUAAGUGCGAGGACCUCAAAAUGGGACAAUAUAUUUGUAAAGAUCCAAAAAUAAAUGAUGCUACACAAGAACCAGUUAACUGUACAAACUACACAGCUUAUGUUCAGUGUUUUCCAGCACCUAACAUAAUUUGUAAGGAUUUUGGUGGCAACGAAACACAUUUUACUGGAAGCGAAGUUGGUUUUUUCAAGCCUAUAUCUUGCCGAAAUGUGAAUGGCUAUUCAUACAAAGUGGCGGUUGCACUGUCUCUUUUCCUUGGAUGGUUGGGAGCAGAUCGAUUUUACCUUGGAUACCCUGCCUUGGGUUUGUUAAAGUUUUGCACUGUGGGGUUUUGUGGAAUUGGGAGCCUAAUUGAUUUCAUUCUUAUUUCAAUGCAGAUUGUUGGACCUUCAGAUGGAAGUAGUUACAUUAUAGAUUACUAUGGAACCAGACUUACAAGACUGAGUAUUACCAAUGAGACAUUUAGGAAAACACAGUCAUAUCCAUGAAUACUGUUUAAAAGAAACAGUAAGUGAUAUGUGAUUUGGACCUCCUUGAUUUUAAUAGAGAACUCUCAAUAUAUAAGACUUCAGAUUUUUAUUUCUUCAAAUACCACUUUAUGGAUUCUUUUUAACUUUUUGUUGUUGUCGAUGUUUUUGUUUUGUUGGUUUUUGUUAAAAACAUAUUGUUCUGAGAUUUAUUUAAUAGAACUUGUUUGAGAGCUAUAUGAUAAUAGAGUCUUUCUUAGGCUGCUGUCUCUAUGAGAUAGAUAGAUGAUUACCCUGAUAUUAAUGUCUUUUCGAAAGGCAAGUCACCACUUGUCCUUUCGCUUCUGAAAAAUAAAAGUUUGACUUACUCACAUUUUUUAGUGCUUUUUUUUUUUUUUUUUUUUAAGAAAACUGUCUUAAAUGUUGAAUGUUGCUGGAUUCUGUAUUUUGAUCCUUCAAAGCAGUUAAUCCAUGGUGGGAACAAAUACCAUUUAUAUUGCUUGGGGUUGCAGUCCUGUAUAUGACCACCCACCUGUUUUUGUUUUUUGUUUUGUAGCUUUCAGAUCUGUCUUUACUUUGGUAUCCAGGGAGCUAAAGAUCUUCAAGGGAGUCUGAAACCUUGAUGCGCCAUGGAUACUCUGCCAGUGAUUCAGGGCUCUGAAGUGUGAACUUUUUCCUUUUUGCUUUAGAAGUGAUGCACUAACUUUUGGAGGGACCAGAUGCUGACUCAUGUAGCUCAGCGUGGUUAUAUUUGAAGCUGGAUGGACAAGGUGGGAACACGGAGCAGAUGAUUGAUAUCUUGCAUCUGUUAGCACUGCCCGGCAGAUGCCGGCACAAGUGUCUUAGGCGAUGCUCCAUUGUCUAGGGGAAGCAGGACUUGUACUUCAGCACUGGUUUUCCUUACUGUGUUCAGAGGGUUUUAAGAAGAUGGAAAUACAAGAAAUGUUAGUCUCCAUCAUACUGUCAUAUCUUACUUUAGUAACAGGCAUACCAAUUUCAAAAUCACUGGGAUCUGGGCUUAUCAAAAGUAAAAACCAUAAUUUUUCAUCACUCAUCGCAUGCAAAAAUAUACAAUAUAGUACAGUUAGCUCACUAAUAUGUUAGUCAUACAGUUACAGCUUCUCCAGUUGGUGGGAGAUUAUUAAGUAUUGAUACAAGAAGUGAAUUUGGAUUGAUUCCUCAUAUAUGUCAGGAGGGGCCCCUGGCUUUUCAUUAAUGAAAAUACUGAGUGUCUAUCAUGGGGGAGGAGCUGUUCUAGAUACUAGAAUGCAGCAGGGAACAAAACACAAACAUCUCUGCUGUUAGGAGCUUGUAUUUCCUUGGGCUCCACUUUUUCACAGUAAUAUUUUUGGCUUCGGUUAAGCUAGAUUGCUCAUUUUUUAGUAUUCUCUCAUUCCUUUGGUUGCAGACAGUGCUUUGAAGUUUACUUCAGGAUCACUUAAUCUCCGAUUUUAAAGUCUGUAGGGUUUCCACAGCUAUAUCAGUUCAAUUAUAUGAGAAAUACCUGCAGUCAGAUCUUCAAACUAAUCUUGCUUCCUAAGUAAUUUGUUACAGUUACCUUGACCAGGUGGGAAGUCUCUUUCAAAGCAGGUGCUUCUCAAAAGUAUAUUCAAAUAAGCUAUACUCUGAUAGUUGUUGUUGGUAAAAUCUAGAAAUAAAGUCCUUUCACAAUACACUCUUAAACCUUUAGAUUUUGUUUUCACUAUAAAUUCCUAUAAAUUCUGUAGUCUUUCCAGUUUGUGUAAUUCCCUGUUGCCUGAUACAUGUAAUUCUUGUACAGAUAAUGUUUUUAUGUCUUGCUUGUUUUUUAUGUGAAUGCAUUUAAAGCACGUGAAUUCUGUUGUUUUAGUUUCAUGCAGCACUAUAUUAUCAUGGCUAUCUGUUAGUAGUGUGUGUAGGAAUCGUAUGUCAAGGCCUCUGUAUGAGACGCUUUAUUUGAUAACCCUGCUCUUGGGACAGUGGCCAAAAUUGUGAGAUGGAUUAGCUCAGUCAUUCCUGGGAUUCCUCCUGAACCCUCUAGAGUAAAAUGGGAAGGAUUCUUUCAGUGCUAUAGAAACAGUGUUCUACAGAAGCAUUUACAAAUUGUACUGUGAAAGUCCUCAGUCGUGAUCCACUCUUUGCGAGCCCAUGGACUGUAGUGCCCCCUGGAUCCUGUGUCCAUGGGAUUUCUCCAGGCAAGAAUACUGGAGUGGGUUGCCAUGCCCUCCUGCAGGGGUUUUCCCAACCCAAGGAUCAAACCCAGGGAUUGAACCCAGAUCUCCCACAUUGAGGGCUAACUCUUUACCAACUGAAAUGCCAGGGAAGCCCAAGAAUACUCGACUGGGUAGCCUGUCACUUCUCCAGGGGAUCCUCCCAACCCAGGAAUCGAACCGGGGUCUCCUGCAUUGCAGGUGGAUUCUCUACCAACUGAGCUACUGGAGAAGUCCUACAAAUGGUACUACUUUAGCCUGAAAAGAUGAAUACAAUUUCCAGAAGUACCUCUUUAUCCAAGAAGAUUUCUUACCUCCACUGUAUUAAACUAAAGGACCGCUAAGAUUUCAAAGAUUCUGUUAUGUCUACAGCCAGCAUUUUUUUCAUGAGACCACUAGGACUAUAAGAAAUAUUAGUUUGACAGUUUGUUUUAUAAAAAAUUUCUGUGUCUUUUUCUUUUAUUUUAACCUAGAUGCUUAAGGCUGAGUUAGGUUAUUAUUAUACUGAUAGGCAGCCAGAAAGCUAAAAUAGAUGGAAACUAGCAAAAAACAAGAAAAAGAAAAAUCAGUGCCUAAAAAGUGCAAGUCUAAGAUAUUAGACUUAACAUCCUCUUUCUCAUUCAAAUACUGUAAAUGUAGAUGUUACCCAGAGUGCUGGCACCUUCCUUCUUUGCCUCAUUAAAUCAGAAUCCAUUUUGCUUUCUUCUAUUUACAAAAUUAAUACAACCUUAAUAUAGAAACUUUAGGGAAAGACCAAAAAGUACAAAGAAAGAACAAUUUAUUCCACAGCUCAAAGUUAACAAUGAUAAUAUUUUUAUGUAUGUCCUAGUAGUUUUUCCAUGCAUGUAUUUUCAUUUUUCUUAGCAAAAUUGAAAUAUUAUCCAUAGUGUUUUGUAGCUCACUUCUUUGUAUUAUAAAUAUUUUCUUUCAAUAAAUAAUCUUUUACAAAGUUAUUUAUAAUGGCUGCUGAGUAUUUCAUGUCUGUAUUGUUAUUUAUGUAAUUCUGUAUUAUGUAUUUAACUUAUUUUAAUAAAUGAACAAUGUACAUUUCC